AUGAAGUUCAUGAUCAGCACGUCUCGGCGCUAUGCCGCUACCAAUUGCAAAUUGUUGAAUUUCGAAAACACUUACAAAAACAGUCGAUUUUUCAGGAAUUCAGUAAUUUUGCAGUUACCAAGCAAGGAACCACUGAAAACAGAUACAAAACCUUCAACAGUUCCACCCUAUAUAAGUGGUAAUAGUGUUGAUAAUGCUAACCAAUGUUUACAGUCCACUGAAAAGAAAAAUGCAUCUUCAAAUAACACUGAUGUGAAGCAUGAUAAUAAAUUAGACAAUAAACAAAAUAUGAAUGAGACAAAGAUCUUAAAUGAUAAUAACUUCACAAUGCGACUGGUUAAUAAGAUUGAAAAUUGGUCGCCAUCUACUGCAAAGUAUGCAAGACUGAGUGUUUUUGGUUGUAAAUAUCUAUAUAAAGAUGUUCUAGUGUUACUGUCAGCGUAUAAAAAAUAUUAUAGUUCUGAUUUGUCGACCUUAACUUAUGCUGAGUUGGAGUUAAAGUAUAGAUUGCCAUUACAACUGGUUCGUUUGACACCAAUUCUAAUUUUUUGGCCUGUACCAUUUACUAAUUUGUUUUUGUUUCCAUUAGCGUUCAUGUUUCCUAAAUAUUUAUUAUCUGAGCAUUUUUGGACAGAUGAACAACUUAAAGAGUAUUGGAUAAAAGAUCAAAAGAACAAUUUUGAACAUAACAUGAGAGUUUUUGAGCAUUUGAGUUUAAUGGCUGAAGAAUGUUCAGAUGAUAUGCUUUUAAAAUGGUUUCGUGUGAUUGAAUGUCUGGGAGCAGGAGGUGUAUCCCCAGUGGAAGACAUUAUUCAAGCCAUCCCAGUUUUUACUAUGUUUCCGUAUCAUUUUAGUACUUUACCUCGUCAACAUAUUACAGUACUAUUAAAAAUGUAUAACAUACAUCGUGGAUGGAGAAGAAGAGUGAGGUUAAAGAAUUUAGCACAGUAUAUACAAUUAAUGGAUAAGGCAAUAGAAUCUGAAGGCGGACCAGAUAAAUUAAAUGAUAGACAAUUACAAUGGGCAUGCCUAUUUAGAGGUUUGAGCCCUUUUUCAUCAUCUAGGGAAACACUUGUCUUAUAUUUAAAAGACUGGAUAAAGAUCUCCUCGAAGAUUGAUAACGAUUCACUUAGUUGUAUACUCCACUGCCAGGUUUUAUUGGCAUUAAAUCGACCAGAAAAUGAUAUAUUAAAAAAGACGGAAUAAAGAAUGGUGCUUAAUUAAAAUUAAAGUAAAUAACCAUUUAAAACAUAGACAGAAUGAGCCAUUGUUAAUUACAAUAAUAAUAAAAUCUAGUCUGUACUUUUGUUUUGUAGUACUUAUGUUAAUCGAUAUUUUGUAAAAAGAAAUGAAUGUCCAAUGGUGUUGAUAAUAUUCUGUCUUGGUGAUAUUUUAUUUUGUUACAUUGUAAUUUUGUUAAAUAGAGUUUUUUUCAAUUUUA